GAAGGGGAAACCCAAAUAUAGCUCAAAGUUACAAAAUACAUAGUUCGUCGAUACAGCAGAGAUUUUUUGGUUGUUAAGAUUCCUGUUUGGUAAAAGCAGUCGAUUGGCGGUUGACAAAGAAGCUGCAAAUCUUUCGCUUUUGUCAGAAAACAAGGAAGAGUGAGGCUCGUAGACAAACAUGAACGGUAAUGGAAGACAAGAAGACCUUGAAGAACUGACACAGCCUCUCCUACCCGGUGGAGACGACGAUCAGUUUGUCGCUGAGGCGUUGGCAGAGUUUUUCAAUUCCACUGAAUGCGAAGCUUUCCAAAGCGAACCAGAAGUUUGCUUCGUCACUCUGAAAGAAAAGAAAGAGUUUAACAAAAAGGAAUCCCGAAAGGGAGGAAUAGCAAAACAGAGGGUAGUAGAAGGUGUCAUCCAGAUAGAGGCUUGGUCUCCCGUGGAAAUCGAUAGCAGCAACAUACAUGUCUGGGUAAUGCGAGAAAAACAAGCCGCUGAACUUUGCGAAGAUAGGAAUGGACGAGUGAGUUUGCCAGUUAAGUUGGAGGGACAUAAUGGCGAAAGAAAAUUAUUCUCAGUUGAUCUGGAUAGUAAAUAUUAUGGCCCAAAAACUCCUUUGUAUCAGUUGAAAAAAGGAGACACGAAAAAGGCAAACCUUUUCCAGCUUGUGGUGAAGCUACCCGCACUCUCCGGAACCACUCGUGAGUUUUGUAGUGAACCAUUCUUGAUAAGGAGUCAACCCAAGCCCGUCCAACCCGGGAAGAGAAAAUGCCCCGAAGAUUCUUCUUCAGAAGAAUGCUGCACAGAAAGCUCAACCCCAACGAAAUUAGAUGGUUCCUUUCAAAACCUAAACGUACGUGAACACUUGGAAGCGAAAAGUGCUUUCAUUGGAAGUUUAGAAUAUGGCAACUUGAAAGUAAAUGAAGGAAGAGCCGAUAUUGGAUAUCACUUUAAGGUCAAGGAUCCUGAUUUGUACAAAGAAUUUGACGAAGGUGACGUACUCGGGUUCUUCAAAAGUGACGAUGGGACAGCAUGCGUACAGCUUUUAAACAGCCAAAAUGGAAAACAAGCUUUCAUGGCAGGAGUCAUUAGCAGGUCAGCUUACCUUGAGGCCACACCAGCCAUAAGUCAAAACGAUCCCACUGAUGUUAUUUGCGUUAUCGGAGUUAUCAAAGUAAAGUGCAUGGGUUCUGUGCGAGCCGGAGAACGAAUUUAUACUAAUGUGAGCCCAGAUCAUCCUGGUACUGCUAUCCCAGAAUCACAUCUGCCUCCGCGCGUGAUCUUAGGUGGCGGUAGUGUUCUACUGGGCAUGUCAUUGGAAGAGAGGGAGGCAUCAAAGCUCGAUGACUACAACCUGGUUCAGUGUUUUGUAUGCAUGGUUCUUGGGGUAAGCGAUAAUGAAAUCAAGUCAGAAAUAGGGAACAUGUACAAUCGAUUCGAUGUGGAACUGGCUGCAAAGCUGCGAAGAGAGCGAAAAAAGGCGAGGCGAAUGCGGUGCUUGACUGUAUUUGGCCUUCUAACUACACUCGCGUUGACCGCUUUUCUAAUGUACCAAUGGUUAUAUCCAGGAAGUCUCUUAAGAUACUGGAUAUGCAAGCGUGGUUCCGUAAGAGAUUCUAUCUGUGAUUUCACAUUUAUUCCCACUGACACAGGACAGCGUUGCACAACGCAUGGCAUUGAAUUUACGUGGAAUGGACUGACAGAGAAAAUGUCGCCACAUUUGAAUGACAUUCCCGAAAUGAAUUCAAGCAGAGUGCCUGGAAAGCACUAUUACUACCUAAACGUCGAUCGCUGUGCAUAUGGUGGAGCAAACAAGCUAUCCGCUCAAAGCUAUGGCAUUAUCAACAACCAUCAGAUUUGUGGUCCGAUUAUUUUCGGUGUAAAUAGUAACUGCUCUGCUGUUUAUUUCUAUCAGGAUAAGCCACGUGCAGGUUGGAAAAUAUACAAGUCAGUUAUGAA